AUUGGUGCCUUCUUCGUAUCGGCGGUUCCCUUCCUUCCCCUCCCCCAUUUUCACUCUCUCAUCCUUCCUCCUCAGGUUGGAGACCUAUCCUGAGAGGAGACGAGGGAAAGCGUGAACCAAUAGCAGGCGGCACUAAAGGAGGACGAGUUUCCGCUUCUCCAUACGACGAGUCAGGAAGAAGGUACCGCCGCAAGAGUUGGCCAUUACAAGCGGCCGUUGAGGCGGUUUUAAGUUCAACCGAGCUUCGUACCCGGGAAACGGCUCCCCCUCUGAACGGUUUUUUCAUAACGUCGAUAUGACGUACCCAGGGUUCGGAGCGUAUGGAGCUUACCGUGGGCAGUUGCCAAUGCAAAUGGCAAUGGGCCAACCGGUUCCUGGAGGAGUACCAAGUGUAGCUCAUGGUGGAUCUCCUGGAUAUUCAGUUUAUUCUGGUGCCUAUGCUGCUGCAGCAGCCGCUGAUCCCUUGUGGACGUUCUUCAGUGCUAUUGCUGGACAGGAUGGUGAAGUGGACGCUGAGGAGCUACAGAGAUGUCUAACCCAGUCUGGAAUCAGUGGAACUUACUCUCCAUUCAGCUUGGAGACAUGCAGAAUUAUGAUAUCGAUGUUGGAUAGAGAGAGUACUGGGAAAAUGGGAUACAAUGAAUUUAAGGAACUCUGGGCAGCUCUCAGUGCUUGGAAACAAAAUUUCAUGAUGAUAGACCAAGACCGAAGUGGAACUGUGGAACUUCAUGAACUGACUCAAGUCAUUGUAGCUAUGGGUUAUAGGCUAAGCCCACAGACUUUAAUUGCUAUUGUAAAACGUUACAGCAAGAAUGGCAGGAUUUUUUUUGAUGACUAUGUGGCUUGCUGUGUGAAGCUUCGGGCUUUGACAGACUUCUUUAGGAGAAGAGACAGCAUGCAACAGGGCAUUGUGAAUCUUGUAUAUGAUGAUUUCUUGCAGUGCACCAUGGCUAUCUGAGUGCCAAUUGUGGAAGAAAACUCCACGUAUAAUUUCAACUACUUUGAGAAAACUAACUGAAAAUGCUGUGAAAAUGAAGCUGCCAUUGAUUUUUCCACAUUUCUGCCUGCUAAUGCAUCAUUUCUGUAUAAAUAUCUUUGACUUUUAGUGUGUAGUUUGACAAUAAACAAUUGUUCUCAUUUACAGUAAUUCUUAGAAGUGUGCCAUUCUUUAUGCAUAUGGAUAGUAAACUUUUUUAUAUUUUUGGGGUUAUGCUCUCAGGAUUGAAAAGAGGAAACAAUCAUAUGUCAUGUAAUGAUUAUAAACAGGGUGUAAUUUAUCUUUAAAGUGCACUCCCCAAUACCUCUUGGCUUACUUUGCAGUAAAGAUUGGUUGCAACUGGCAUUCUAGCGUUCUAUAAUGUCAGCUGCACACGUAUGAAAUAAUAAAUGCCUGAAAAAAAGAAUUGGUAGAUGUCACAAGUACAAACUUAAACAAGCAUUUGGAUAUUUCUUCUUUGGGAUGUUCAGUAGAUUUAUUUGAACGUGGACUAGUAUGACAUGUUCAUAGUGAAGAUGAUAUUUAAUGGUAGUUGAAAACAUUUUGCUUAACUAUUUUUUCCUCUUGAAGAUGUAAUCCUCAGCAUUCAUAUGUCUCUAUAGAGCAUCCAUCUUUCCCUUUAAAUGUUUGAGACUUCUCUUUUACAUGUGUGAAAGAAAGUUCAACUGACCCUUUAUGGUUCUCACCGAAAAUUCCCACAUUAUUUGAACAAACAAGUAAACGAAUGACUGACUGGAUCGAUUAGAAUCCAGCUCCAUACUGUAUGCUGCAUUGCGGUUACCACCAGAAAACAAAACAGUGUAGAUUUACCUGGGAAGCGGUUGGCAUGAAGUAGCUCCUCAUGUGAUUGUGAUACUUUCAACCAGGCCAGCUUUCUUUUCUUUUUCUGGUGGUUACUACUCCACGUUUAAAGCAUAAACUGAUGCAUGCCAAUCCUUUUUUACUGCUCAACCCAAAUCUUGCACCUGGUCAUGAUUUGUGGAAUUUAAUGAAACUUAGUCAGGAUAAUAAACUGUAGAUAAUGUAUUAACAAUAUCCUACAAUUGCUUGAUUUUCUAGUUUUGGUUACUCGCAUGCUUUGCAGAUUUUUAUCAAUGGACUUACUUUUUUCUUCUGCAGAGUUUAUCCACAAGGUACAUUGAGAGGAACUAACAGCCCAACCUUAUGAGCUGUUACAUGGACAGUCCUGUCUUAGGUUAGGACUAAGCUCUUUGUGCAGUUGCAGCGACAGGCUAGAGCGGAUGUACAAAAGUAUAUAUGGAGCAUUAGGCAAGCUCAGGUGGAGAGGCCAGAACUGGACACCUGUCUUGUGUGUUAGCCCCAGUGAAAAGAGAAUGUCUGUUGGGUUGUGCAGCCUUUACCUUGUUGGGCAUUUCUUGACAGACUUAAUGGCAUGAUUCAAAGCUGCAUGCUCUGACCAAUUUCUUAAGCUAAGGAUGCAUUACUUAGCUGCCAAGACACAAUUCGAAGUUCAUCCUGUCACAACUAAAACUGAAAGGGUCAAUUUGCUUGACUGUUGUGAUUAAAGAAGAUACUGUGCCAAGGAAGAUAUUUUUUAGACUGGAAUUGGUAGCAUAUGCAUAUAACACUUCAGUUGUUUGUGUCUUUCAGCUUCCAUCCAUAGAAGUAGUAUAUUGGACUCAUAAAAAGAUCUUAUGGCAUUAUCUUUCAGCCCUUGUAGCUUGUAUUGGCAGUUUCAAAACGUAGUUCUGAUCUCACUGACACUCUUCAUAUGCAUAUUUUGCUGUUCACAGUUGUCAAGUAAUUGUAGAUUAUUUGCAAUCUGCUAUGUAGCGAUUUUUGUACAUUAUGAAAUAACUGGAUACUGUUCUAACUGUACAAAUGCUCUUGUAGUAACUAUUUUCAGUGCCAUUCCAGGCAAUUAUUUGGAAAUAAACUUGGAACUCGC